AUGGAGGACAGCAGUGCUACUAUGUCUACAGAAGAAAAGUACAAGGAGCUUAAGCGGAAGUAUGUCACGCUUAAGGACGCCGUGAAGCAGUUGCACGAUGACUACGAACGCGUGAAGGAGGAGUUGGUUGCGAAGACGGACGCAUGCGAAUGUUUGGAGGAGCAGAACCAGAACCUCAAGAAGGCGUACGACGAGCUGACAGAUGAGGUGAGCAACAUAAAGUCGCGCGAGCCGGCCAAAUCGGCGCCUUUUAAGUGGGAAAAUGCGCUGACCCUAAUAAAAAAGGGCGCCCAAGCCGCGUCCAACGGCUCAUCCGAGGAUGUGUCGCUGCUGCACAGCGAGAUCGGCUCGCUCAAGACGCAGCUCGAGGCCGCCGCUCACGAGAAAGAAGAGCUUCUGAAGGAGCAGAAUGCGUUGCGCACGGAAAAGGACAGCCAGAGCUUCGAAUACAGCGCCGCCGUGGCCAAACUUAAAGAGCGCAUAUUCGCGUUGGAGGGCAUCCUCAAGGAACUCCAGGAGUCGCUCACGACCAGCGAGUCCAAGUCGUCCAACUACGCCACCGAGAUAGCUGAACUUAAGUCCACCGUCGCUUCGCGCAACAGCAAGCUGGAGAAGUUGGAGGAUACUCUGGGCAGCGAGCGUAAAUUUCUGCACCGCUACGUAAACCUGCUGGAGAGCCGGUUGCGAUCCAAGGUGACCUACGACAUACGUCGUUUGCCGCUGGUAAACACGUUCAACAUCUACCACCACCAGCAUCUGCACAACUGGAGCCUUGUGCGCCACGCCGUGGACGACAUGUCGGUCAGCCUACUUCUCUCUUUGAAGGGCCUUUUUGGCGCAUGGAAGUCUGCAAUGCGCUUCAUUCGCGGUUCCGAUGUGGUCACUGAGAGUGUGCUUCAACGAUCGCCUCCGCGUGGCGCCGUGGACACCGUGAACGCCGCGAAGUCAUCUGCAUCACAGUCACCUAACCCUUCUUUGCCAAAUCCAGGCCAUUCAGGUGACGGUGAGGCGGUGAAUUCUAGUGCCGAAGUCGCGGGGGAAUCGCCAGAGGCUGUUGAAUUGGAAGCGACGGAUAAUAUCGCUAGUGUUGAUCAGCCUAGUUCAUCAAAUGAAGGGCAUCUACCUGCCACCGAUGGUUUGUUCCCGUUCGCUUUGCACGACGGAGACAACAACAAACAUAUUUGGCUGGCCAUGGAGUCGUAUCGCCAGAUGUCAGUGGCAACUAUUUCAGAUCUCGUUUUGAGCAUUGACCGGCUACUCGAGGGCGAGCACCUUCCAGCCGCAGCUUUUAGGAGGUCCGUCCGGCUUGUAAGAACCCUGUCACGGAACCUGCGGCUUUACUUGUGCCUGGAGGAAUACCUAUCUCCUUACGAAGACGUCGAGGCUGUUGUUAUGGGCCCGCGGCGUGUGAGGCAAGGCACAGUUGUUUUCAUUCGUUGCCUCCGUGAGCUGUGCAACGCUGUUUCCAGGCUGUUCACGAUUUACGGAUGCGCCCUGUCUCGUGUUGACGAGAUUUCGAAGGAGGAGUUGUCGGAAUUGGCCAAUAUCCUGUCUGCGGAGGUUGGGGAACCUGCAUCUUCCGACUUGGCCAGGGCGAGGGCCCCCUCCGAUGCAAUUGGCGCCACUACACGCAACCUGGAUUCCGAUGCCGCCCACAGCUUACACAAUGACACCGGAAUUGCCGAUGACAAUGUUUUGGAACCGGGAUCUGACGACGCAUCGAUUUUGGGUGGCGUGAACUCCUCUGAACGUCUUCGCUCGCUGACCGAUGAACUGUCAUCAAGUCGGCCUUUACGUUCGUUGGAACGCCGCGUAUUUUCGGGUCUGAAAGACGUGGUUGGCAUAGUGUCUCUUUUCAAGUCGGUUAUGUCGCACCGCUUGUGCUACCCCAAAAUGUUGGACGGGUUCUUCUUUCCACUCAGCGGCGGCUCGCCUGAGAUGAUCGACCUGGGAUCUGCCAUUGCGGACUUCGAGACGCACAUAGCCCGCGUCACUGAGCACAUAGUCUCGCUUCGUUUGCAUGGCGCGCUGCAAAUGAGACGUAAUAGCGUCUGCUGUCCCCGGGCGGAGCUCACGUCGGCCCUUACGUCGGAGGCCAUCACGGGGAAAUCGUCCACCACGUCAAAGCACGUUGUGCCUCUAUUUGUGGGCGCCGUUAACGCCCAGCUGCUGUCCUCGCCUAACCGUGUCUGCAUAUCAACGGUAUCCGACCGUAUCAGGAUGGCCGAAGAGGAGCGUCGUGAGAUGAGCACGUGCAACGAACGCCUGAGUGCGAUGAACGAGGAGCUGAUGGCUGCGCGGGCUCGUUGCGACGCGUUGGAAUCCCGAUUAGCCGAGUCGUACGGGUUAUCGCUUAAGGAGGAGCGCUUGGUCUCCGAGUUCGAAAGGCUGUUCUCCAGGUACCACUACCAUGAUAAGCAGCUGUCCAUGGGCGGCUUUGCCGCGCACAGCCAUCACAGCGACCUGUUAACUGAGUUGCACGCGCUGCGCGAAGACAGUGGCCAGAAGAUGAAGAAGCUGGCGGUGUACGUGCGCCACCUGGUGAAGUCAGUCGAGCAGCUGGAAGACUCUAACCGCCAGCUCCGCCGUGCUUUGAGCCUUCAUGCUGAACAGUAUGCGGAGUCCAAGGCUGCCGCUGAAUCGGUCCACCUGAACUACAACGAGCAGAUCGCUUUGAUGAGCGAGCAUAUAAGCGAGCUGAACAACAGCAUAGUGCAGGCGGAGUACCGUGUAUCGGAGCUAUCUGGUGCGAUGAUUACAUGCCCAGCGUGCCGCUCAAAGUGCUCUUUAGGUGCGUUGUUACAUUUAGAAGCUUUAUUUGCUUUUCAGGUGACGUGGUCAGCAACAACCACCGGGGAGGGUGCGUGUCCUGCUCGCACCGCCUAG